AUGGCCAGCCUCCGCAAAACCCACCCAUUACUAAAAAUUGCCAAUGACGCACUAGUUGGCUUACCAGCCCCUUCAAACAUCUCGGUUUGGUGAAACUUUGGGUCUCUUUUAGGCCUUUGUUUAAUUACCCAACUUUUAACAGGACUAUUUCUAGCCAUGCACUACACGUCAGAUAUUGCUACUGCCUUUUCAUCCGUCGCCCACAUCUGUCGAGACGUAAACUACGGAUGACUCAUCCGGAAUAUGCAUGCCAACGGAGCAUCCUUCUUUUUUAUCUGCAUUUACGCCCAUAUCGGACGAGGCCUAUACUACGGAUCUUUUCUUUACAAAGAAACAUGAAAUAUUGGUGUUGUCCUACUUCUUCUAGUUAUGAUAACUGCAUUCGUAGGUUACGUCCUCCCUUGAGGACAAAUAUCCUUUUGAGGAGCUACCGUAAUUACAAACCUCCUCUCUGCAGUUCCCUACAUCGGAAAUACUCUCGUCCAAUGGAUCUGAGGGGGCUUCUCAGUCGAUAAUGCCACACUUACACGCUUCUUCGCUUUCCACUUCUUAUUCCCGUUCGUCAUUGCAGCCAUGACACUACUCCACCUUCUCUUCCUCCAUGAAACAGGAUCAAACAACCCACUAGGCCUCAACUCAGAUGCAGACAAAAUCUCCUUCCAUCCCUACUUUUCAUAUAAGGACCUAUUAGGAUUCGCAGCGAUACUAAUUGCACUUACCUCCCUAGCACUGUUUUCACCAAACUUACUAGGAGACCCUGACAAUUUUACCCCUGCAAAUCCAUUAGUUACUCCUCCGCACAUUAAACCCGAAUGAUAUUUCCUAUUUGCAUACGCUAUUCUCCGAUCAAUUCCUAACAAACUUGGAGGUGUACUAGCCCUUCUUGCAUCAAUUCUUGUAUUAAUGCUUGUCCCUGUGCUUCACACAUCCAAGCAACGAGCCCUAACAUUCCGCCCCCUCACUCAAUUCCUCUUUUGAACACUGAUUGCGGACGUAAUCAUCCUGACCUGGAUCGGAGGUAUACCAGUAGAACACCCCUUUAUUAUUAUCGGGCAAAUCGCAUCUCUACUGUAUUUUUCACUCUUCCUUAUCCUUAUACCAUUAGCAGGCUGGAUCGAGAAUAAAAUGCUACGGCUAACGU